AUGGGUAUAUUAGAAAAGAAUAAAAAAAGGGACAUGAGUUGUGCACAGGUGUGGGACAGAAAGAGUAUGAUACGAAAGGCGAUUUGGACUGUGCUCCUAGUAGUAGCAGCAUCCUUUGGAAUAUAUGUUCUAAUAUACCUGUUGGUUAUAUGGCGUGAAUCGCAAAAAGACGCAUUGAAGAGCACCCAGCUAACUCUGCGCGGAGACAGAGAAGAGCGCAUUUGGGGACAUGAGAAUGCGAAUAACUAUUUAGAUGCAGACAGAACUAGUGAUAAUAAAGAGAGUGCAGAAACAGAGGAGAGCAGCACUUCUUCGCUAGAUGUGUCAGAAGAGAAAGAAAAAGGCUGUACAUGUGGAAGGGCAGCAGAUGCAGGCGCACAAGGUGUGCUAGAAGGUAGGCACUUAGGGCGUAGUAAUAGCACAGGCAAACUGGCUGAGUAUGCAAUGGAUAAAAAAAACAGCUCUAAUCUAAUAGUUGAAAAGAAGGAGGAAGGUAUGGCUAAAGAGGAUGUAGAGGCAGCCAUUGAAAAGUACACAGUGGAGAUGGAAAGGCUGCCAGAGAUGAAAAAUGCUGCAAAUCUGGCAAAAGAUGCCUUUGAAGAAAAAAGUAGGGAAGCUGAGGAUGUCAAUAGCCUGAAGAACAAGGAAAUAUCUGAUAUAAUCCAGGAAAUUAAUAAUCGAUAUGGUGACCCUUUCAAUAUAAAACCAGCAGAUAACACAGGCUUUGAUCCUGAAAUUUCAAAGAAGAUUCAUAAACACACUGCUGAAAUAGACGCAAUAGACUAA